AUGCUUAAAAAUAUCACCGAACUCUUUCUUUCUUUCUUUCUUUCCAAUACUAAUAUUUCUUUCUUUCUUUCUUUCUUUCUUUCUUUCUUUCUUUCUUUCUUUCUUUCUUUCUUUCUUUCUAAUACUUUUCUUUCUUUCUUUCUUUCUUUCUUUCUUUCUUUCUUUCUUUCUUUCUUAGACACUAAAACAAUUGUGGUUAUGUUUCUCUUUCUGUGCCGUUUCUCUUUACCUAUUUCUCAACCCCCCUUCCUUUAUCUCUUCCCCUAUCUCGCUCUUUUUUUUUCUCUCUCUCAGUUCAUUUCUUCUUGUAAUAUUCAUAAUGUUUUUCUCAAUAGAUUGUUCUUUCUCUCUCUCUUUCUUUCUUUCUUUUUUCUUUCUUUCUUUUUUUUUCUUUCUUUCUUUGUUCCUUGCAAUCUAAAGUUUUUCUUUCUUUCUUUCUUUGUAAUUCUUUCCUUCUUUCUUUCUUUCUUUCUUUCUUUCUUUCUUUCUUUCUUACCAUCUAAAGCUUUUCUUUCUUUCUUUCUUUCUUUCUUCCUUCCUUCUUUUCUUUCUUUGAAUAUAAAUCUUUCUUUCUUUCAAUAUAAAUCUUUGUUUGUUUCUUCCUUUCUUUGA